CCUCUACAUUAAAUUUUUUUUUUCCGUCUCAUUUGAAUUUUGGGAAUGUAAACUAUGCCGGAGAUUUUAGACGGUGCAAUUCGGCGAGCCGUUGUCAUCGGAAACGGCUUCGCCGGCGCUGAGAAUCAGUGCAUUGGUUUGGUCCGUGCUCUCGGUUUCUCCAACCGCCACUCCUUAUAUCGCGUGACGAGGCCUCGAGGAGGAAUCAAUCGGUGGCUUAAAUGGCUUCCGGUUUCUAUCCACAAAAGGUUAGACUCCGUUAUCAGAAUGAUCUGUGGCAAAUCGCGUUUUCAAACGCCUCAUAAAAUCGGCAUUUCUAACGUGUUGGAUGCUGAUGCUCACCACAUUGCCACCAUGGCCCGUGAAACGUUUCAUAAGGAUGGACCCUUGUUGGUGGUUGCAUCUGGGCGAGACACCAUUUCUGUUGCCAGCUCCAUUAAACGGUUAGCUCCAGAAAAUGUUUUUCUUGUUCAGAUACAACAUCCAAGAUUUCAACUGAAUAGGUUUGAUCUUGUGAUUACUCCGCGUCAUGAUUAUUUUCCGCUGACUCCUCAUGCCCAACGGCAAAUACCUUGGUUUCUUCGAAGGUGGGUGACUCCAUGGGAACCUCCUGGCCACAAUGUGGUCCUCACUGUGGGAGCGCUUCAUCAAGCUGAUUCCGCUGCUCUUAGGGUUGCAGCUUCUGCCUGGCAUAACGAGUUAGCAACUCUGCCAAAGCCCUUGCUUGUGGUUAAUGUUGGGGGACCUACUGGUAAUUGUCCCUAUGAUGUGGAUCUUGUAAAGAAGUUAGUGGUUAUGCUUCAGAAUGUUCUAUGGAGCUGUGGGAGUAUCAGGAUAUCUUUCUCAAGAAGAACUCCUGAGAAGAUCUCCAAAAUUUUGGUCAAAGAAUUUGCCACAAAUCCAAAGGUCCAAAUAUGGGAUGGUGAAGGUUCAAAUCCACAUAUGGGACAUCUGGCCUGGGCUGAUGCCUUUGUUAUCACUGCUGAUUCAGUUAGUAUGUUGAGUGAGGCCUGCAGUACUGGGAAGCCUGUGUAUGUAAUUGGAGCAGAACGGUGUACAUGGAAGUUUGCUGACUUCCAAAAUUCUUUGCAGAAGCAAGGGGUUGCUCGACCAUUCACUGGGAAUGAGAAUAUGACUGCUGAAAGCUGGAGUUAUCCUCCACUGAAUGACACCGCAGAAGCUGCCAGUCAAGUGGUUGCUGCUCUUGCUCAGCGAGGAUGGACUAUCCGUGCAUAAUGGUUUCCUACACCUGAUAAGAUUCCCUUGGAACUGAUGGAAUUUAUAAAUAAUACCUAAUUGAAUAGGAAAUAUUGUCCAAGGUCCACUGGCUUAUGCUUAGUUUCAGAGUGCUUGCUAGCUGAGGCCGUUUCGUUCUAUUGAAAAAGUCACUACUGAUAGUUCUAACAAGGUUGUUAUAUAGGUGGUGUGAACAAUUGGGCUGAUUUCACCAAUUUUUGUUUGUAAGAGAAUUUUGUUGUUUAGCUGUCCCCAGUAAUUUUUGGAUCUCUCCUUUUCCUACUUACUGUUAUUGUUAUGAGCUUUGGAAUAAUGUGUGCUGCAUAACAUUUAGGCAUGCAGAACUGAAUCACACAUCUCAUAUCAUGUUUUUUAAUUUUAUUUUUUUCAGUAGAGGAACACUAUGAUAAUGAAAAGAGUAAAUUACACUUGCA